CGAGUGAUAAGAUAAGAUAAGAGACUGGAGGUUAAAGAGUGAAAUCUAUAAGUCUUUUAAGAAAUCAAAUCAGCACCAAUGGAUAGUAUAAAACAGACAGAACGAGGUGAUUAUCAGCCAUUAUCAUCCAAAACACUAACCAAGUACAAAACUGAUAACACUGUUGUGUUAGAUCUGCACGAUGUGGUGGAUACUGGUCGCCAUAGCAGCUCUCGCUGUGGGAUACUGGUUACUGAUCCGCCCCCACAGGUACUGGUUGGAAAAGGGAGUGAAACAAGGAAAUCCAGGAUUUAUUUUCGGGGAUAACUGGGGAACGGUUCUCCGAAAACAGUCUUUUGCAGACAUGCUUGAAAUGGUUUAUAAUGUGUGUCCAAAUACCAGGUACACAGGCAUCUACCAAUUCUUACUGCCAACACUCAUAAUAAAAGACACUGAUCUAAUUAAACAGAUUACAGUGAAAGAUUUCGACCACUUUGUAGACCACCCAACUUUGGUACCACCAGACAGCGACCCGCUAUGGGGUAACAACCUGUUUGCUUUGACUGGUAAAAAGUGGCGCGAAAUGCGAACAACCCUCAGUCCAGCUUUCACCAGCAGCAAAAUGAAAUACAUGUUCACUUUAAUAUCACAAAGUGGUGAACAAUUCGUAAAAUAUUUCUUGAAGCAAGACCAAGAUCUUGUUACUAUUGAGAUGAAAGAUACCUUCACUAGAUUCACUAAUGACGUCAUCGCCAAUACCGCUUUUGGAGUGGAAUGUGAUUCUUUAAGGGACCGAGAAAACGAGUUUUAUAUGAUGGGGAAAGAAGCCACAGAUCUUAGUGGCAUUUGGAAUAAUCUCAAAAUCUUUGGAUACAUAUUAAUACCCAGGUUAUUCAAGCUUUUUAAGAUAAAACUGUUUUCAAAAAAAAUCGGCGACUUUUUCACUAACCUCAUCAAGAGCAAUAUCCAAAGCCGCGAAAAACACGGAAUUGUAAGACCUGAUAUGGUCCAUCUUCUGCUCGAAGCUCGAAAAAGCGGGCUUAAGCACGAAGAAAACGAACCCCUUCAAGACACAGGUUUUGCCACAGUUGCGGAAUCCGAAAUCAACAAAAACCCCACAAACGCAAAAACAGAAAUUACAGAACAAGAUAUCACGUCUCAAGCUUUAAUUUUCUUCUUCGCUGGUUUCGACACAGUGUCUACACUCAUGUGCUUUAUGUCUUACGAGCUUGCUGUUAAUCCAGACAUCCAAAAACGACUUAUUGAAGAAGUUGAUGAAACUUUGGAAACUUGUAAGGGGAAACUUACUUACGAGGCUCUUCUUGGUAUGAAAUACAUGGAUAUGGUUGUCUCUGAAUCUUUACGAAAAUGGCCAAAUCCUAUUGCCGUGGAUAGAGUUUGCACAAAACCCUACACUAUCGAACCUAAAUACCCUGAUGAAAAACCAGUUCACUUGGAAACUAAAGCUGUCAUCUGGUUACCAACUUUUGGGAUACAUCGAGAUCCUCAGUACUAUCCCGACCCAAAGCGUUUUGAUCCUGAAAGGUUUAGUGAUGAGAAUAGGGCCAACAUUAAGCCGUACACGUAUUUGCCUUUUGGAUCCGGACCUAGAAACUGUAUUGGAUCCAGAUUUGCUCUUUUGGAGACUAAAACGUUAUACUUUUAUAUUUUGUCACAUUUCGAGAUAGUUCCUGUGGAGAAAACUCAGAUACCUUUAGUUAUAAGUAAGAAGCAGUUUAAUUUGACUGCGGAAAAUGGCUUUUGGUUGGGGCUUAAACGUCGCUCCAAAGUCUAAUUGCUCGUACAUAAUAGAAAAUAAGUUUCUUGUAUGAUAUUUUAUAAAAAUAAUACUUUAUU